AUGCCACUCCGUCCCUUCUCCUCCUCUCUCGUAUGGACACGACUCCCACGGCUCUUCCACACCAGUGUUUCUCGAAGAGAUGAGAGCCCCAAGCAGAACCACUAUGAGACUCUACAGGUACCCAUCAAUGCCAGUCCGGCCGAGGUGAAGAGGUCCUUCUACGCUCUCUCCAAAACCCACCACCCAGACCGCAACCCCUCCGACCCCAACGCCUCCAAGCGCUUCGUCCUCAUCUCCGAAGCCUAUGCGACUCUUAGCACGCCCGCCAAACGACAACAAUACGACCGGGAGCUGCACCUGCACUCCUCGCACCACGCCGUCUCCCACCACCGACCCCAGGGUUCCUACCACUCUUCCGGGCCGGCAGGAGGACGCCCUGCAUCCGGAUUAAGUCGCCGAAGAGCGCAGUUCUACGGUCCACCGCCGAGCUUUUACAGGAGUGGGGGAUGGGGUGAACAGAGCGCCAAGCGGAAAGCAGCGCAGGACUCUGGGGCUCCAGGAGCGGAAGCCCCUCCUGGUACUUCGAGCAGUGGCGGAAUGGGCACUGGACAAGCGCCGUUUGGUCAGGGACAGGAGAAUGAUGUUCCACAUUUUGAUAGAGAGGGGCAUUUGAAUACGCAGCGGAGACAUAGUGAGAGGUGGAAGAAGAGGAGGGCAGGGGAGUGGGUACCGAGUGGGGAGAGCCCACGGUCGACGCUGGCGAACUUUUUGUUUGUGGGGGGGAUCAUAGGUUUAGGGAUUUUUGUGCCGAGUUUUGUGUUUGAGAGGAUGGUUAAGGGGAAGGGGAGGGGAGAGAGGUAG